CGGUAGUCGUGGCGACCAAGCAACCCGGCAACGCGAGUCAACAACAACAACCGACCGGCCGACCCCCACCCCCACCCCCCGGGCCCAGGGACCCCGGCACGUCCCGUCCCCCUCCCAACAUCUACUCUGAGAUCUCCGAAAAGCCCUUCCGCGGACAGAAAAGGGGAAAAGCCGAGGAAGAGGAAAAAAAGCCUUAUUUAUUAUCAUUUUCCCCACCGUUGGCAUGGCAACACAGGCGUAUACCGAGCUACAGGCAGCCCCGCAACCAUCCCAGACACCGCAGGCCCCGCCACAGGCCCAGCCCCAGCCACCACCCCCGGCGGCGCCGCAGCCCCCCCAGCCUCCCACCACUGCCGCCACCCCCCAGCCCCAGUAUGUCACUGAGCUGCAGAGCCCCCAGCCCCAGGCGCAGCCACCGGGCAGCCAGAAGCCGUACGUGACGGAGCUCCCGGCCGCGCCCACACCCUCGCAGGCGACCGGCGUGCCCACCGCAACCCCUGCCUCCCAGCAGUACAUCGUGGUCACCGUCUCCGAAGGUGCCAUGCGGGCCAGCGAGACGGUGUCGGAGGCCAGCCCGGGCUCCACAGCCAGCCAGACCGGUGUCCCCACUCAGGUGGUUCAGCAGGUGCAGGGCACCCAGCAGCGGCUGCUGGUCCAGACGAGUGUGCAGGCCAAGCCGGGCCACGUGUCACCCCUCCAGCUAACCAACAUCCAGGUGCCCCAGCAGGCUCUCCCCACACAGCGUCUGGUGGUGCAGAGCACAGCCCCAGGCAGCAAGGGCGGCCAGGUUUCCCUGACGGUCCACGGUACCCAGCAGGUGCACUCGCCCCCCGAGCGGUCGCCGGUGCAGGCCAACAGCUCUUCCAGCAAGACAGCUGGGGCCCCCACGGGCACAGUGCCACAGCAGCUACAGGUCCACGGUGUCCAGCAGAGUGUCCCCGUCACCCAAGAGAGGUCCGUGGUCCAGGCCGCUCCGCAGACGCCCAAAGCCGGCCCCGUGCAGCCGCUGACCGUGCAGGGUCUCCAGCCAGUCCACGUGGCUCAAGAGGUGCAGCAGCUCCAGCAGGUACCUGUCCCACACGUGUACUCCAGCCAGGUGCAGUAUGUGGAGGGUGGCGAUGCCAGCUACACAGCCAGUGCCAUCCGCUCCAGCACCUACCCCUACCCCGAGACACCGCUGUACACGCAGACAGCAGGCACCAGCUACUAUGAGGCCACAGGCACAGCCGCCCAGGUCAGCACCCCUGCCACCUCCCAGGCGGUGGCCAGCACCGGCUCCGUGCCCAUGUACGUGUCCGGCAGCCAGGUCGUCACCAGCUCUACCAGCAGCGGGGGUGGGGCCAGCAACAGCAGUGGCGGCGGUGGCAGCGGCAGCGGCGGCGGAGGUGGAGGCGGAGGCGGUGGUGGGGGUGGCAGUGGCAGCAGUGGUGGCGGCGGCAGUGGAGCAAGCACCUACGUGAUCCAAGGUGGCUACAUGCUGGGCAGUGCCGGUCAGUCUUACUCCCACACCACUCGUGCCUCGCCAGCCACGGUCCAGUGGCUUCUGGACAACUAUGAGACAGCUGAGGGCGUGAGCCUGCCACGGAGCACCCUCUACUGCCACUACCUGCUGCACUGCCAGGAGCAAAAGCUGGAGCCCGUCAACGCCGCCUCCUUUGGGAAACUCAUCCGCUCCGUUUUCAUGGGUCUGCGCACCCGCCGGUUGGGCACCAGGGGCAACUCCAAGUACCACUACUAUGGCCUGCGCAUCAAGGCCAGCUCGCCCCUCCUGCGGCUGAUGGAGGACCAGCAGCACAUGGCCAUGCGGGGCCAGCCCUUCUCGCAGAAGCAGAGGCUCAAGCCCAUCCAGAAGAUGGAAGGCAUGACCAAUGGUGUGGCUGUGGGCCAGCAGCAGAGCACGGGCCUGUCGGACAUCAGCGCCCAGGUGCAGCAGUACCAGCAGUUCCUGGAUGCCUCUCGGAGCCUCCCUGACUUCAUAGAGCUUGACCUCCAGGGCAAAGUGCUGCCUGAGGGUGUCGGGCCCGGGGACAUCAAGGCCUUCCAGGUCCUGUACCGGGAACACUGUGAGGCCAUUGUCGAUGUCAUGGUGAACCUGCAGUUCACCCUGGUGGAGACGCUGUGGAAGACCUUCUGGAGAUACAACCUCAGCCAGCCCGGCGAGGCGCCGCCUCUGGCCGUGCACGACGAGUCCGAGAAGCGGCUGCCCAAGGCCAGCCUGGUGCUCCUCUCCAAGUUUGAGCCCGUGCUCCAGUGGACCAAGCACUGUGACAACGUGCUGUACCAGGGCCUGGUGGAGAUCCUCAUCCCCGACGUGCUACGGCCCAUCCCCAGUGCCUUGACCCAAGCAAUCCGGAACUUUGCCAAGAGCCUGGAGAGCUGGCUCACCCACGCCAUGGUGAACAUCCCCGAGGAGAUGCUGCGGGUGAAGGUGGGAGCGGCCGGAGCCUUCGCGCAGACACUGCGGCGCUACACGUCGCUCAACCACCUGGCGCAGGCGGCGCGCGCCGUGCUGCAGAACACGGCACAGAUCAACCAGAUGCUCAGCGACCUCAACCGCGUGGACUUCGCCAACGUGCAAGAGCAGGCCUCGUGGGUGUGCCGCUGCGAGGACCGCGUGGUGCAGCGGCUGGAGCAGGACUUCAAGGUGACGCUGCAGCAGCAGAACUCGCUGGAGCAGUGGGCGGCCUGGCUGGACGGUGUGGUGAGCCAGGUGCUCAAGCCCUACCAGGGCAGCUCCGGCUUCCCCAAGGCCGCCAAGCUCUUCCUCCUCAAGUGGUCCUUCUAUAGCUCCAUGGUGAUCCGGGACCUGACCUUGCGCAGCGCCGCCAGCUUUGGCUCCUUCCACCUUAUCCGGCUGCUCUACGACGAGUACAUGUACUACCUGAUCGAGCACCGCGUGGCCCAGGCCAAGGGCGAGACUCCUAUCGCCGUCAUGGGCGAGUUCGCCAACCUGACCACCUCGCUGAACCCCCUGGACCCCGACAAAGACGAGGAGGAGGAAGAGGAGGAGGAGAGCGAGGACGAGCUGCCCCAGGACAUCUCGCUGGCCGCUGGCAGCGAGUCGCCCGCGCUGGGCCCCGAGGCCUUGGAGCCGCCGGCCAAGCUGGCGCGGACUGACGCGCGCGGCCUCUUCGUGCAGGCGCUGCCCUCCAGCUAAGCCCGUGGCCUCCCCCGCCCGCCCGCUCGCUCGCUCCUGCCCCCGCCGCCCCUCCACGCCAGGGUCCCUCACAGCUUCAGUGGCUUCGCUGUCACCGCUCCAGCCUCGGCCAAAACGGGGAGGGGCCUCCCCCUGCUCCCGGACGGGGCUGGCACAAUCACUGGGCUGGGCGGAGCCGCAGCUGCAAACUCUGACACAAAAGACGUGCCUUAAGGAACCGCCGCCGUGCCCAGGUGCCCCGCGGGGCGUCCAGCUCGGCCCCUUGGCCCCCCACGAAGGCCGCAGCAUCUCCCUCCCUCUCACUACCCCCGGGGGCAGGCAGGCAGGCCCCCUCCCCCGCGGAACUUUUAACUUAUUCAGCUCGCUGGCUUUGCACAGCCUGACCUGGGCCCCGCCCUGAGUCCCCUGGGCGGGCGCAGGUGGGCGUCACCUGGGGACCCCUCCCCCAGCACCCCCACUGCUUCCCCUUCUUGGUAUUAAGUGCAAUUAAAGCCGUGGGUGUCGCAUCUUCUCCAGCGCUGGGCUCUCCCGUGCCCCGCAGCCCGAGACUGGGCCCUGCCCACCCGCCUGGGGGGUGGGGGCGGCGGGGG